AAAAUUCUUUAAUUACAAUCAUCUUUCUCCUAAAAGCAAUCUGCAUCCAUCUUAAUGACCCGCAAAUAUACACAUAAAUCAAAUAAAAAAGAAACAACUACUAAACCUUCAAGCAAAAUCUAAGUAGUAAAAGAGUUACCAUUAUAAAUCAUGUUCAGUUUUCAAAAUAGAGUCACCGUUCUAGUAUUCAAAUUCCAAAUCAAGAAACUAGGAGAAACUGAAACUAUUACCUUGAUUUCAAAUUAAUGCAAGAAUAGAAGAAUCAGACAGAAAUGAUAAUAGAAUAUUGGAUGCAAACCGGUACUCGAUCCACUCGCCGGAAGAAGUUUGGAGGUAUCAAAAGUGGCAGCCGAUCAGUGGUGAUGGUACGGCAGACCAAUGGAGAGAAGCAGAACUGAGAGGAUUUUGUUGUGUUCCAAGUCAUGUAUGGUGCACAAUACAAAUUGAGGCCAUGAAGUUGGUGAUGGAGCUGUGCAUUUAUUUCAGCAUACAUGACUUAGUAUGGUGCAAGAUUGAGCACUAUACCAAACAAUGAAGGCCCCAGCUUCAAAAAGAUAGAAAAAUAGGGAUGGUUCAAACUUCUUUUCCAUUGGCAAACAAGUAGCACUUUUCACUUUGGGUGCACAACAGGACCUUAAAGAGGGGUUGAUUUCAAGAGAACAUCAUCAAAAUAUGGCCAAAACUGCAUAAUUCUAUACACAUUGGACACAAAAGUAGGACAAAUUCAUUGGUUCCUCCAUAACAUCAUCAUCAGAGAACAUCUCACCCUUUGCCACCUUAAAUUGAGGUUCUCUUACCACCUUAAAUUGCACCCUUUCACCUGACUCCCAUCUUCCUCCCUCACACACCCACCCUUCAAUAUAUAACCCUGCAAUCUGCAUGUGGAUUCUCACCAAUAACACAACUUGUAACAACAAAACAAGUUUGGCCACACAUUACUACAUACAAUUAAGAUCCAUCUUUAUGAUGAAGCAGGUUCUCUUCUUUCCAUUUCUUCUUUUCUUGGUCUUCUUGAUCCUCCAUUGCACCACGUCCUCAGCUCAGUCCCCUGCAGAGUCUCCGGCACCAUCGGGCCCUGUUGAUAUCAUCGCAAUCCUCAAGAAGGCCGGCCAUUUCGCUACUUUCAUCCGGCUGCUAAGAAACACAGACAUGGGUGAACAACUCAACGGACAGCUUAAAAAAUCUAACCUGGGCCGCACCCUCUUUGUACCGACCGACAGCUCAUUCUCCAGCCUCAAGUUGGGCACACUGAAUGCGCUUACCGAUAAACAAGAGCUUCAGUUGGUGCAAUUCCAUAUCCUUCCUGAUUUCUACUCAGAAUUGCAGCUCCAAACCGCUACAAACCCAGUGCAUACUCUGGCUGGUGAUAGCAACGCCGGCCAUUUCCAAUUGAAUGUAACGGCCGCGACAGGAAAAGAAGUGAACAUAACAACAGGGGCGGUCAGUACAACGGUGGAAAAGACAAUAUAUACAGACGAACAUCUUGCUGUUUACCAGGUGGGGGAGGUGCUCCUUCCACUGGAAAUUUUUGGGGCAGCUGCUUCACCUACAGCAUCUAAGCCUGAGAAGAAGAGACCCAGUACUGAAGACGCUGCUACUACUUCGGAGUCUUCGGGUGCAUUUGGUCCAAACCGGCAAGCAAUGACAGCAAUAUCGUCUGUAGUGGGUUCCUUGUUUUCUUUUUUGCUAUGAUUUUUCUUUUUCUUCUGGUUUUAUGAUUGAUGAGAUCUUUCUUGUGUUUUACCGCUGUUUCGAUUUCAACAAAAUAAAAUCAUUUAUUUUAUUUU